GUGUGUGCGCGCGUGUGUGUGUGUGUGUGUGGUGUUGAGGUGACAGUCGCUAACGUUCACACUACAAGGAAGUGGAGGACACGCUCGGCUGAGGGCAGAAACGGACGCAGAACCGUCGACUCCUCCGGCCAGAGACUCCCGGUUUUCCAUCCAGCUCCAGUGCCCCCCGUGUCAGCCAUGUGUCCCCUCACUGCCCGGCUCCCAGCAGCUUCCUCUGAGAUGAAGAUGAGCCGAGGCAGCGCCGCCACGCCUGCAUGCACGCCAUAAACCUCAUCAACGUGAGCUCACAUCAGCUACCCGUCACUGCGAUCAUCAAUAUUUGCGUCGAAACAUGGCCACAGUUCCCCCUGGGAUCCGCCUGCUGGUGUCCUUCGACAGGGACCAGUGGUACAGAGCUCUCACCUUCAUCCUCACCUUCCUGCUCUACACCAGCUUCCACCUCUCCAGGAAACCCAUUAGCAUUGUCAAGAGCGAGCUCCAUAAGAACUGCUCCUCCGUCAGCGAGGUCGCCACCGCCGCCUCCAGCGGCGGCAGCCAGCUGCCCUCGCUGCCGUCUCCCCACGCAGACGUGGACUGUAGCUGGAAGCCCUUUGAUAAAAGGAACUACAAACAGCUGCUGGGAGCCAUGGACUACUCCUUUCUCUGUGCCUACGCUGUGGGAAUGUAUCUCAGCGGCAUCAUCGGGGAGCGCCUGCCCAUUCGGCUGUACCUGACAGUGGGCAUGCUGACCAGCGGCCUGUUCACCUGCCUGUUUGGACUGGGUUACGUCUACAACAUCCACAGCCUGGGCUUCUACAUAUUUGUCCAGGUGGCCAACGGCUUGGUCCAAACCACUGGCUGGCCCAGUGUGGUGACCUGCAUCAGCAACUGGUUUGGAAAGGGGAGGCGUGGACUCAUCAUGGGGCUGUGGAACUCCCACACCUCAGUGGGAAACAUCCUGGGCUCCCUGAUCGCCGGCUACUGGGUCUCCUCCAACUGGGGCCUGUCCUUCAUCGUACCGGGGCUCAUCAUCGCAGCCAUGGGCGUCGUCUGCUUCCUCUUCCUCAUUGAGCAUCCAAAUGACCUGAAAAGCAUGUAUGCUCAAAGUGCUACAACCAAGAGCUGGAACGGUGUAAACGGACACACUGAGGUGUGUCUGCAAUACAAGGACAACAGCACCCAGAGCUACGACACGGAGCUGUUGCUGCCCAGAGACAGCGUGUACGUCCCCGUGCAGCCGGUCGUCGUGGUCAAGAGGGAAUCGGAGCCGUCCCCCAUCAGCUUCAUGGGAGCCUUACGCAUACCGGGGGUGAUCGAGUUCUCUCUGUGUCUGCUGUUUGCAAAGCUGGUCAGCUACACCUUCCUCUUCUGGCUGCCGCUCUACAUCACCAAGGCAGCUCACCUAGAUGCCAAGAAAGCCGGAGAUCUCUCCACCCUGUUUGAUGUGGGAGGAAUUGUGGGGGGGAUCUUGGCAGGUGUGAUCUCUGAUAAACUGGGGAAGAGAGCGACCACCUGUGCAGUCAUGUUGCUGCUGGCUGCUCCCACACUGUAUGGCUUCUCCAUGAUCAGUGAGUUUGGCUUGGGCCCGACCAUUGGCAUGCUGUUAGUGUGUGGAGGUCUCGUUAAUGGGCCGUACUCCCUCAUCACGACUGCAGUCUCUGCUGAUUUGGGGACCCACAAGAGUCUGAAAGGCAACGCCAGAGCGUUGUCUACGGUCACUGCCAUCAUCGACGGCACAGGAUCUGUAGGUGCAGCACUGGGCCCCCUGCUGGCUGGGCUGUUGUCUGCAGGUGGCUGGGAUCAGGUCUUCUACAUGCUGAUGACCGCUGACUUCUUCGCUUUGUUGCUUUUGCUACGACUUGUGACAAAGGAGCUGGCCUCAAAUAAAUCUCGUCCCAUCUCAGCUGUGGAGCUGAAGGAGCACUGAGCACUUUGAUUGCACCUCCUCCACACAGGAGCACCGAGUGCAUCGCAGCCACUGGUCUAAGCCUGAAACCUGAGACCUGAACUGUCCUGGACACGAGACAUUAACCACACACAUGCACUUAAACAAGACUGAAGCUGCGUCUCAGAGGAGGAUCUGAAGCUCUGAACUGAUCUCAGUCUGGAGGAUUUAUCUUUCUCUACGCACACACACACACACACACUUCCUGGUCUCUCUCUGACCUCCUCCUCCACUGACCUGUUUCCUCUGGCAGCCAAGUCCAGCUUGAACACACCACCUGCUCAGUCUGCUCAAAGCAAGCCUUACUUUGACAUGUCUGUCAGGACUUCACGUUAACUUAUUUCUUUUGGAUAGCAUCUUUGAAACGGCAACUUCCGUGACUGUGUUCUCGUGGAUCCCACUGCCGUCGUGGACAGACCGGGUCCACCAGAGCCUGACCUGACCGGAACACCUCCAACCUCACAUAACGAUGACACGACGGGACCAUUUUAAAGUUUAUACCUAAACUCUGCCUUCCAGUGGGACCAUGGUGGAACAAACCCAAAGUAAUCAAAUAUAUGAAACCAGCCAAUCAGAGCCCUCCGUCAUUAAGAAUGUGGUUGUCAGAAAGGUGUGCACGUUGUUGUAAGUCAACUUUUAGCUCUUAAAUCAACAUUUCUUUGGUUGUUGUCGAGAAUGAACUUCUCCCUGCAACCACAGUGACAUAAGCUAGACAGAACACUGACUGAUGAUUGGUCAGGACAGAACAGCCCCUCCCCUCUCCAAACAGGAAGUCGCUCUCAUGAACGCAACGUCCGACUGAAUAAUAAAGAGAAACAGAAUGUCUCCGUCAGGCUCGCUGGCAUCCGUCAGGUCGAGAAGCAACUGUUUAAAUUUAGUGUCAAAGUUUGCCUGUUAGCUAGUAGCAGCCGAGCUAGGCUAAAUCCCUGCAGUUAGUGGCUGAAUCCCUGUGGACUCACUUUAAGAUGCGUCUGUUGCUGAUGUUAUUCAGUGGCUGUCUGUGAGGUCUGUGUCACAUGUUGUGUGUCAGAAUUAUUUGCACCGGAAACAGUAAAAACAAACAAAUCGAAUCUCCCGUGGCCCCGUUCACACAUGAAGCUGAGGAUGGCCCUCAAAAUUUAACUGUGGAGUGAAAGAGAACUGCGCUGAAGUUCAACUGCUUAGUUUUUCUUGGACACACACAACGUGUUUAACACCCAAUUUAUGGUUCGCUUGAAAACAACACAGGCACCUUUUAAAGGGUCAGUUCACACAAACUCUGAGAAACGCCACUCAUCUGUGGUUGAAUCUGUGAAUCCAGACCAUUGUGGUUCCAACUGAGACAUUCUACAGCAUCCUCUGUCCCUGUUGUAUUGGAUCAUCCACAGAAGACCCUGUCAACAGUUGUCAUAGCAACCGUCCCUUCAAACACCCUUUGUGCAAGUUCAAGUUUUUGUUGACAUUUUGAAAUGUCACAUUUUAAUACUUAAAAAAAUCCUAAUUUCUGUUGAAUUGGGUUGAAGGCAGAAUUCUCCUCCUGGAUAAUUGAACCAAAACUGUCCCAAGUUAGACAGAAAUUACCGGAGAAAACCUAUGAACUGACCCUUUAAUCUCAGUGGAAACUCUGUUAGCUUCUCAUGAUCUCUGUGCAUCGAGUGUUUCCAUGUGACCACGAUCGUUUCUCUUCCCACUAUUUAUAUGAAAGAAAUAACAUUCAGACCAACAUUCUCUGAUACUGGUUGUGUGAAGGGAGCUCAGACCAUUACGACCGUCCUCUGUAGUUCUGGCUGAUGCUGGUUGUGUGAAGGGAGCUCAGACCACUACGACGUCCUCUGUCGUGUGGACGUUGCUCUCUCACUGUCACCUUUGCCUUACUGAACCAAAGAGACUUUGGGCAUCUUGCUGUAAUUUAAAUAAGAGACUGCUUUAUUUUGAAAGUCGUGUAUGUUAUUCCUGUCCAUUUUGUGCUGGUUUCAGAUUCUGUUAUGAAAUGAAGGCACCAAAGUUGUAUUUUUAUAUGACCCCUGCAGAUAUUAAUGUAAAGUUUCUGUGUGUGAUCUGCGUCUGAAUGUAAACUCCUCGCUGACUGCUCAAAGCUCAUGGAAACACUUCGCAGUGCCGUGUUGAUGAGUUGUUGUUUCAAGUAAUGACUGAAUCUGAAACUCUUAUAUCUGAUCUUGAAAUUAAAUUUAGUUGAAAAUCAUAAACUAAGGCAGAGAAAAGCUGAUUUGUGUCAUAUUUAUGAUUAUAUCCUGUUAAUUUAUUGGCUGUAAAUUGUAUUGGUGAAUCUACAGAAUGCAGACAGCGGUAAAGUUAUAUAAAUGUGUAUGUUGAACUCUGGGAUGAUUUCCUGUCAUGGUGGUAGCAUUGAGACAACAGUCUGCUUUCCUUAGAACAAGAGCACAUGUGUAUAUUUAUUAUGUGUCAGUCGGCCUGUACUUGAAACAUCGUGUGCCUUGUUUGUUGUUUGUCUUUUUGCUGGGAAGUUGAUUUUGUACAAAUAAAAACAUAUCAAAUGUU